AUGCAACCAACGUGGAUUCUGAUUUCAAAAGAAGAUGAGUUGUCACACCCUCUGGACGGCACUCCAGCGCAGCGCAGGGUUAGGGGAGCCUCGGAACGGCCAUGCACAGGCCCGUGGGCCAGGAUGUCCGUGCUCCGCCCUGGGGACCUAGUACCAAAGCGAGGGGCCCCCCAUGGAGGCAGCCUUGACCGCACAGAUGCCUCCGCUGACCCAGCCACCAAGCCCUGGCCAGCAGAGCUGGGCUCCCGGGCCUGCUCCUCCCCAGCCAUCACUACAGCUCCUUCCAGCUCCACCCCCAUCUCCCGGCACCCAGGCCGCACCCAAGGCUAUAAUUCCGACGACAGCCUCUGUGAGCGGUCCUUGGAGCUCGAGUUCACCAACCACAGGCGGCAUGGGUCCCGGCCAAGCAGUGUGGAGAGCAGCAGGAACGCGUCCAGUGACAGCUCCCCUCUCAACCUGAAGGGCUCCUCCGACCCGCUCCACCGCAGGCCCGAGAGCUUCAGCAGCGAGGACCUGAUCCCCAGCCGGGACACGGCCACUCUGCCCCGCGAUGCCAGCGCCCCAGGACAGACUACCCUCAGCCGCCAGGAGUACCCGCCACCCCGGAACGGGCCUGUCCCCCAGGAGUGCAUCCAGAAGAGGGGCGUGGCCCAGCCCCAGGCCCGGGUUCGGCCCUGCGCCUCCCCGAGCAGGGAGAUGGUCACCCUGGAGGAGUUCCUGGAGGAAAGCAACCGGGGCUCCCCAACCGCUGACACUCCCAGUUGCCGGGAUGACCUGCUAAGUGACUACUUCAGAAAGGCCAAUGACCUCUCAACCGUCGGAGGCCAGCCAGGCCCACCUGCCAGGAGAGAAGGGGCCAGGAUGCCCACCAGCUUGGUGGCCCCCACCCUCAAGAUGGCUGUCAGCACCUCGGAGGGGAAGCUGCUGAAGCCGGGGCAGUACGUGAAGCCCAACUUGAGACCUGCUGACGCCGAGACCCCACCCAGUGCCCCCCUGAGGCCGGCCCACCCUCCCCAGAGCCUUUCUCUGGGCAGAGCCCGGCAGGCCACGAUGCCCCCAGCCUCCCACCCACCUGCCAGCCGGAGCGCAUCCCUGAGCAGGACCUUCAGCCUGGCCUCAGCUGACCUGCUUCGGGCUAGCGGGCCAGAGGCCUCCAAACAGGACUGUCCUCUGAAGCCGGGGGGUUCUGAGGCCUCAGGGGGCAGGGAAACAGGCAACCACACCCCGCAAAGCCCCAUACCCCCCAGCUCCCACAGCCUGGCCCGGGAGAAGACCCCCCUUGUGGGAAAGGCUGGCGGCUCCUAUCAGGCCCCGGGUCCCCGAAGCAGACCACUGGACAUGAGGCGCUUCUCGCUGGCUCCCCCAAAGGAGGAGAGGCUGGCUCCCCUGCCACAAUCCGCCACAGCCCCAGCCAUUGCCGGCGGCGGCAGCAACUCUCAGCCCCAGCGCCGCUCGCCGACUCCAGCCCCAGCUGUCCGGACUAGGCCCCCCAACCCCCAACACUCAGGGGAAGUGGCCACUGUCGCUCCUGUCCGGGUGGGGCUCAGCCUCUCAGAGGGAGAUGGGGCCCCAGGACAGGCCCACAGAGAGGGGCUCCCUGCCAAGAGCCCAGGCAGGUCUCCCGACUCGGCUCCCCACACCAGCCGGGCCCCCGAGGACUUCAGUCGUGGGAACAACUCGAAAAGCAUGCCGGCGUCCCCAGAGCUGGGCGGGGACCCGCAGACCGUGUGGUACGAGUAUGGCUGCGUGUGA